AUGGAAGAUAAUAACUAUAUGAAAAAGCUAGCGAAUAGAAAAAUUAGAAGGAAUUACAGUAUACACCCUGAAAAUAUAAUUUUUUAUGACUACUUUAACAGUUUAAAACGGAAAGCACUGGCGCAAGGUCACAAUAAUUUGGUUAUUUCUUUUAAAAAAAUUAUUAGUUCUAUUUUAAAAUACCCAUUACCUAUUAAGAAUAGCCUGGACGCAUAUAAAUUAAAAGGCGUAGGUAAGCGUUUUUCUUACUAUUUUGAAAAGGCCUUAUCACAAACCAAAGAAGAAAAUAGGUAUAAUAAUGUCAAUGACAAGAAUGGUUCUUCCAGUGGACAUUUGUUACGCAUUAGCAAUCACAUAAAUAAAGUUAUUAACAAUGCAGAUAACUUUAUAAGGGAGUUAGAUGAUGAGCUUUAUAAUAUAAGAAUAAUUGGGGAAUCGUCAGAAGAUAGCAUUUUAAGAAACAUAAAAGAAAUAGAAAAGGACUACUCGAAUAGUAAUAAUAGUAGAUGUAAUAAUAAAAAAUUUAAAAGAAAGAAAAAAAAAAAAAAAGAUAAUAUAAUAUCUGAUGAGAGCAGUUAUAACCGUUCCAAUGAAAAAAAUAAUACUUUGCAUUUAACUGCAAAAGCAUAUAUAUAUACGAAUAGUAAAAAUUUAAAUAAUACUAUAGUAUCAGAUAAUACAAUAUAUAGAAAUAAAUCAUUCUUAGAAUGUGAAGAAAAAUCUACAAAAAGGAGCAUUUCCUUUGCAAAGGAACGAAGAAAAAAUAAUUCCAAUAAUAAAAGUACAUUGUGCCAGAAGAGCAAAAGGAUAGAAUUAAAUGAUUUUGAAAAAACUGUUCUCACUUUUCUAGAUACAUAUGGUCAUUUAUAUAACGAGGGUGCAAUGAGCAAAGAAGAAAUAACUAUCGGGUUUUUAAAAUCUUAUAGAAAUUCGGUAAAUAUUAAUUUUAGGACCUUACGUAGGCUAAUAAAAUUAGAAUAUAUUGAGAAAGUGGAAAUCUUCGACAAUAAUUCAUGUAAUAUUUCUACCACUUUUUCUAUAUCUAAGGCAAAAAAAAGUAAAUUAAAAGUUGUUAGCAAGAUUAAAUUGACACCAAAAGGAAAACAUUAUUUGGAGCAUUUGGAUCAUGUGGAGUACUUGCAGCAGAAAAAGAGUAACUUACAAGAAGAAAUUGUUUUUACAAAAGAGGAAAGAAACAAAACAUCAGAAAAGGAAAAUAAUGGCGACAAAAAAAAUAUCUUAUCUGACAUGUUAAGUUCAGAAGAAAAUUUUGAGAAUGCUGAAAAUGUAUCAACGAGAAUUAAAAAAUUAGAAGAAUGGAUGAAAAAAGAAAAUACUUAUAGUAAUAAGGAAAAUGAUAUUGACCUCGUAAAUUGUGAUAAAGCGAGUGAGAAACAUUUUGAUAUAUCUUCGUUUGUUACAGAUGAUCUUAAUGGAUAUGACAUACAAUCGAUAGACAGUAGUGAAGAAUGGAAAGAGUUAAAUAGAAAAUAUGGUACAAGUAAAUAUAAUACGAAAAGAGAAUACCAAAAAAAUAAUGAUAAAUCUGAAAAGGAAUAUACAUACAGUUCUUCAGCAUACACUAAUUAUAGUAUAUCAUUUGGAGUUACUACUAAGACAGAAGUGAAUAAUUGUAAUAAUAAGGAGAGAAUAAAUUCGGAGAAUGAAGAAGAUUUUAUAGUGGAUAAAAAUAAUAACGAGGGUAGUUCACACAAUUUACAUAAUUUAUAUGUUAAGAAGAAAAAACAAGACAAAAGUGAUAAUAUUAAUUUAAAUUUUGAAUUAAAAAAAAAAGAAAUUAAUAAAAAGCUAAAAUCAAGUCUCAAAGAUAGGUUACAAAAUAGAAUUAUGAACAUGAACAAACAAAAGAGUAAUUCUAGUGUAUUAUGGAGUAACGUAUCAAAGUGGAAUGACUUUUACGAUAAUUACAAAUUAGAUGGCAAUGGAAAUGGUAAGGGAAAAAAACUAACUAAGUUGUUGUUCAAUCAUGAGAACAAGGAUGAGAUUAUUAAUGAAAAUAGAGAUGAAAGAAAUGAUCAUGGGGGACAUGAUACGAAAAAAUGUACAAAUGAUGAUACUAAUACUAUUAAUAAAAAUGGAAUGAAUUGCAUUAGUCAUUGUAUUAUACCAAAUAUGGAUAAUAACAAAGUAAAAUUAAACGGAGCUGAAAAAUCAGUAGAUAAAGAAUACAAGAAUAACAAAUCAGUUCUACCAUCUUAUAAUAAGACAGAACAGCUAUCUUAUUAUAGUGGAGAUUGGUGCAAAAUAAAUUACGACAUUAAUGAAAAUAUAAUUAGUUACGAUAAAAAGGAUGAAAAAAAAGAAAACACAAAAGGUUAUUACCUUGACAGAGAUACUGUAAGAAGUCAGGAAAAGGGAAUUCUUGAAUAUUGCAAAUCUGAAAAUUGUAAUAAUCAAAAUUGUACAAAAGAUAACUGUACCAUUGAAAAUUGUAGCACUAAAAAUUAUAGCAUUGCAAAUUAUAACACUGAAAAUUAUAACACUGAAAUGAAUUCAUCACUAAUGAAGGGUAUAUCCGUACUUAAGAAAUUUGGUCCAAAUAAUAAAGAUAAUGUAACAAUUAGUGAUAAACAAAAUAUUGUGGACCUAAUUGAUUUGUCAGAUGAAGCAUCAAAUAAUACUAUAAGAAGCUAUGCAUCUACUGAUAAGUACAAACGGAGACCUGAAAACUGCAAGAUGAAGAAAAGAAAUGCUUCAAAUGAAGAAGGUAAAAUAAAGGAGGACACGAGAAAAAAGAAAAGAAGGAAGAAAAAAGGGGAAGUAAAAGAAGAAGCAGAGGAGAUGACAGAAGUGGGAAAGGAGAAAGAGGAAAUGUUGAAAAGGAAAGGAAUAAAAGGUAAAAACAUACAUGAAAUAAAUGUAAAGGAUAAGGACUUGAAGGACAAAGACGUAAAGAACAAAGAUGUAAAGGGCAUAGACGUAGGUAUUGGUAUAGAAAAGGACCAUAUAAGCGAAGGAAAAGGAGAAAAUAAGGAUUGUCAUGUUAGGUACGGGCCAUUCGAAAUUGUUAUGGUGAUUGAUAAUAGAGAUGUGUCAGGUGCAAGCUAUGAACAAAAUGAAAAAAUGAAAAAAAUUUUUAACAAUUACAAAGUAAAAUAUAUAACUAGAAAUUUACCAUUAGGUGACAUUAUAUGGUUAUGUAGGAGAACAAUAUAUUAUAAGAAAAAUUCGUCAAAAAAAAUAAGUCGAAAAAAUAAGAAGAAAUUUAAAGGUGAAUAUGAAAGGGUAACUAAUGAAAAGAAAUAUGGGGGCAUCUUAAAUAAUGGUAGCAGUGGUAACGACAAUAAUAAUAACAUCAACAGAAAUAAGGGAAACGAAGAGGAAAGUGGAGAAGAAAUGAAAGUAAAGGGAGAUAAAGAGGCAGCAGAACAGGAAGUUAAAGAUGAUGAAGAAAUAGAAUACGAGGAAUACGUUUUAAAAUGGAUUGUUGAAAGAAAAACUCUAAACGAUUUAAGUGCUAGCAUAGUUGAUGGAAGGUAUGACGAACAAAAAUAUCGUUUAAUGAGAUCAAGAGAAAUAUAUCAUAUAAUAUAUUUAAUAGAAAAUAGUAAUAAUUCUUUCAAGAAUUAUAUGAAUUCUACGAAAGUACCAUAUGAAAUGUUAACGAAUGCACAACAUAGCACUCAGCUAGUUAACGGUUUUUCUAUAUUGAACAGCGAAAAUAUGAAACAUACCUUCUUUUUACUGUGUGAAAUGCAUAUACAAAUUAUACAAAAUAUAAAAGAAUAUUGUCAUAUAGGAGAGAAUGAAUAUAUACUACAUAGUGAUAAGUUAUCUUUAUACUUAAAAAAUAAUGCUUCAUUAUGGGAUCAUUGGAAUAAUGAAUCUAAAAAAUCCAAAAACAAUAUUGUUAAGGAGGUAUUUGGUAAGCAGCUAAGACUUAUAAAUAUGUGUGGAUCUGAAGCCACUGAACUUAUUUUAUCCCUGUGGCCAACACCUUUCAAAUUAUAUGAAGCACUUAAUAAGUAUACAUAUGAUGGUAUACUUGCUGAAAAGAUUAAACGAAUUUACUUAAAAAAUCGUGAUAUCAUAGGUAAAAAAAGAGUCAAGUCUCCCAUUGAUACACAAUUGAUAGCACAAUUGAGGCAAAUGUAUGCACCUGACUCAAUUUAA